AUGCUGCACAAGCCGACUACUCCCGCCGCACCGGCCGCCAAAUCUGCCGGCGCAGCUACCGGCGCAUCUACCGGCGCCGCUUCUUCAUCUUCCCCGGCAGCGCCUACUGCCGCGGCAAGUACCGCGACCGGUGGUAAGCCAAACGUAACGGCGGGAGCUGUCGCGACAGGGAGCCGCAGCGCUACGUUACGAACGACGACACCGAAUCGAACCACCUCAUCCCCCCCCUCCUCCUCCUCCUCCUCGCCCACUAUCGCGUUUCCGAAUCUCCAGUCGCCCUACUUCCCGUUUGAGGACGCGGAUUUUCUGGACGCUUUCGAAACCGCCGCGUCGCGGCACAUCGAACUGCGUGACGAGGCGCCUCGACAACCGUCGAUUGACGAACGAGCCGCCGCACUUCGCGGCGCGUCGUCGAAGCUGCCCGAUCCGGCGGUAGCGGCGGAUGGGACUUACGAUCUGUCGGUUGCCGAACGGGCGGUUCAACUCUCGUGUCGUCUCACGAAGAAGGUUCAGGCGCAGCUGCGGCGCGAGGCGGAAGAUGUAACGCGGUCGAAGCCGGACAAGUCCUACGUUACUGUAGCGGACUGGGGCGUUCAGGCGGUUGUCAGCUGGGUCCUGAAGCAGGCUUAUCCGGGGGAGGUGGUAUCUAUGAUUGCGGAGGAAGACACGAAGCAGCUGACGAACGACGCGGGAAGCGCGAUUCUCGCGCGGCUCGUCAGCGUAGUCAACGAGUGCCUUGCCGAGGCGCGUCUGGUCGGUAUUGAGCCGCCGGAGCGCCCGCUAGAGGCACCAGAGGUGCUGGAUUUGAUUAAUCGCGGUUCGUCAGAAGGCGGCGCGGUUGGGAGGCACUGGAUAUUAGAUCCUGUGGACGGCACGCUUGGAUUCGUUCGUGACGAUCAAUACGCAGUCGCACUGGCGUUACUAGAUUUGGGCAGCUUGAAACUGGGCGUCUUAGGCUGCCCAAAUUUUCCGGUCAGGCCAGAAUGGCUGCGGCAUCCGCACCGCUUUCACCGGAUCACAUCGAAACUUUUCCCGUCCUGCGAUUGGCGGGAAGGAGUGGUGCUGAAAGCGCUCCGGGGUCAUGGCGCCUUCGUCGAGCCGCUCGUAGGAGGCGAUCCCGCAGCAGUAGCCGCCGCGGACGUUCGCCGAACGGAGUGCGGGAGCAGCAGGAUUAGCAGUAGCAGUGGCGGCAGAAACGGUGUCAGUAGUCGCCGUGUGAAGCUGGAUCCGAGUUGGCGCGCAACGAGCACUUCCAACUGCCACGUGUCCGACGUGUGCGAGCCGUGCUGCGCGACGUUCUGCGAGCCGGUUGAGAAGGCGAACUCGAACCAGACGUUCACGGCAGGUCUGGCGGACCUCCUCGGAAUCAGUAACGCUCCUCUCCGCGUGUACAGCAUGGCAAAGUACGCUGCUAUAGCCCGUGGCGAUGCAGACAUUUUCAUGAAAUUUGCGCGUAACGGUUACCAGGAGAAGGUGUGGGACCACGCUGCAGGGGUGGUGAUUGUGGAGGAGGCGGGCGGCGUUGUGACGGAUGCGGGCGGCAAGCCCUUGGAUUUCACUAGAGGCCGUUUUUUAAGCUCGCUCGAUAGAGGGAUAGUGGCGUCGAGCAGCUUGGAGCUGCACCAACAGCUGCUGACGGCCAUUGAUGCAAGCUGGCAGGUGUACCACGGAGGGGAAUUUACCCCACAAGACACCAACACCCUGUUGAUGCUCCAGCAGCAGGAUCUUAUUCAGCCUCCUUUCUUCCCCUCCUCCCUUCCCCUCCUCCCUUCCCCUCCUCCCUUCCCCUCCUCCCGCUCCCCCACUCCCCCCUGCUUUCCCCAGCCUCCUCCUGCAUUGGAUGCACGUCUCCCCGCAGCUGAUGCAAAUGGCCGUGGUGGCGAAGCCGGGCAGCGAGGCAUUCAUCUCCUCCUGCAUUGGAUGCACGUCUCCCCGCAGCUGAUGCAAAUGGCCGUGGUGGCGAAGCCAGGCAGCGAAGCCGCCGCAGCAGGGUGGAUCUCCGUGGGAUGGUCCCUUGAAGGGCACAUGGUGCCUGCUGACGCUAUUAUCGGGGGUGCAGCAGUACCCCCUUCGGGCCCGCAGGGUGAUUUACCCUCGGCGGCUCCGCCGGGUGGUUUACCCGCGGAAAAGGUUCUGCCGUUUUACAUCACGGGGUACGGGGUGGAUGGCCUGGAGCGGACGAACGGGCUGAACUUCAACGAGAGGGAGUGGAAUUGGACGAGGAGCAAGGAUGGAGGCGUGAUUAUGAGGUUCACCCGCAGCGCGGAGCUGGAUGGAUUCAUGCCCGUGCAGCCUCAGGCCAUCAACCACAUGAUCUGGGCCUUUGCUCCCAAUGCAUCGCGACAGCUGGCGUACCACGGGCGCCACAAGGGAUCACUCCGUGUGGACUACUCCUGUGCUACAGAUGCUGACGCCUCCAGCAAGGCGGCUGUAGCACUCUACAGGUCCCGGCUGGCCUGCAAGCCCUCCUCCCUGCCUGGCUACAGCUGCAUGCUACAGCUGCAGGGCGACAGGUUCGUGCUGCACUGGCAUAAGCGCAACACCUCUAUUCUCCUCGCUGCUGACGUGGCAACCACUGGUUGGAUCGGCAUGGGCUGGUCCAAGGACGGCAAGAUGGCCGGCAGCGCGGCAGCCAUUGGGAACCUGCCACGUGGCACCAUAAAGACCGGGGCGGCAGUGGGGCCGUACGCGAUGACGGGGUAUAACAAGGCUGACGUGGCACCCAGCGGACAAUUUGAAUUGAUCAACGAUGCGGUUGGGACUUCGUCAAAUGGCCGGACUGUGAUGAGGUUCGAGAGAGGUCUGCUACCCGGCCAGAUGCCAUUCAGUAACAACUUGAAGGCCGUCAUCCUCUGGGCCUACUCUCGAGACAACACGCAGGAGCUGGCGUUCCACGGAGAUAACAUGGGAUCAGUUACAAUCGACUUCUCCUCGGGAAAAGCCUCCCCCUCCUCCUCCCCUGCUCUCAUCGCCCACGCGGUCUUCCUCGCUCUCGCCUUCUUCCUCCUCAUGCCCUCCGCUAUCCUCAUCGCCCGUCUCUUCCUCGCAACUCCCUCCUCCCUCUCCUCCACUCCACUCCACCUCUCAGACGCCAAUAGCACAGACUCCCAUCCCCCCUCCUCCUCCUCCUCUUUCUCCUCUUCUGCUCCCCAUGCUGACGACGCGAUGUCAAAUGACCCGCGUAGAUUGUUCUGGUUCACAUGGCAUAAGUACCUGCAACUGGCCGCGCUCGUCUGCAUCUGCGUCGGGUGCAUCACGGCGUUUGUCUCAUCUGGGUCUCAAGGGUUCCAUUAUGCCCAUGCCUGGAUCGGUGUUUUCCUUCUCGUUCUCCUCGUCGCCAUCCAGCCUCUUGUUGUCUUCUUCCGCCCAUCCUCCCGCCCGUCUUCUUCCGAUUCGUCGGACUCUGCCGGCCAAUGGCAUUACGCCAGCUGGACUCGUGGGAGGUGGCGAGUGGUGCAUUGGGUGGUGGGCGUGGUGGGAGUGGUGUUUGGUUGGUUCAACUGCUUCCUCGGGCUCACUCUCUACAGUAAAAAGUUUGCUGCUGGAGUCUUGGGAGGAUAUGCAGUGUUCGGUAUUCUCGCUAUCAUCAUCGGCUUUCUUUAUGGUGCUCUUAUCGUGAGAGAUGCAAAGAGGAAGAAGGAUGCUAAUGCUGCUGCUGCUGAAUCCACUGGGUUUCAGAUGCAGUCCAGGGCAGUUCCGUAG